AGAUAUUGGAGAACUUGGAGUUCCAUCCUAGAAGAUGCACCUAGGCAAAUGGGUCCACCAUUUGUCUUCAUUUUAAAAAUAUGAAGGACCCACAAUAACCUCUUUUGUCAUGACUACUUCAGGGGCUCCAGGUUGAAUGAUUACAAAUGACAGCCUUGGAGACAAAAAUACUUGAACAAGAAAGAUCCUCAGAGAAACAUGCUUUUAUAGCAAAAGGAUCUUUUUUAGUUUCAGCUAAGAAUAAGAGAAACUGGCUGCAGAAGAAUGGCCUGGAGAAAAGCCACAGGGAGACUAGGAGACCUUGGACCGCAAUGUUGCUGGGCUUCGACAUGAGCUACUCCCUUGAGGGAAUAUCAAUAGAGUUGACACCGAACAUGGCAGGCACUGAACCAGACACAUCAUUUAAUGGUUUUGUGCCAUCUUCCUCAAUGCAUGGCAAACUCCUGGUGUGACACAGCGGUGGAGAAAGUCCGAAAAUAUCAACAUCUCAUGGAGCAAGUGAAAGAACUGACGAGAGCUGGAGAAGUAGAGUUCCUGGGUUUCCCGGUUGGCGCUCGCAGGAAGUGGUAUAAGGUGAAUGACGGCUUCCUCGAUGACCUUGGACUCUCCAGCAGCCGCCAGACAAGGAUAGCGAGGUGCUUCUCACAGAGGGCUCUCCUAUUCUCUUUGGAUAUUCUCCACAUCUUUACCAGUAAAGAGGCUUCUGGAUUUGCAGAAGACAGACAUCCAGGGCACUUCUUGUCAUCCAAAGGAAAAAAUCAUAUGGGAUUAAAAAACCAGAGCAAUGCUUGUUUUUAUCCAUGUGGUAACCUCUGGACAUCCAGUAAUCCAUUCAUUACCCACACUGAUCGAGUACAAGAAUUGCAGUGGUAGCUACUACACUCAGCUGAGAACAGACUACAAAAGGAGGGAAAUCAUGAAUUCUGACAAUUUAACCGCCCAAAGCUUCUUCUCUGCUAUUCAUAGCAAUGCCAGCAAUUUAUUCUCAGGGCUCCAGUUUGUUCAGUCCUUCAAGCCACUCAUCAUCCCCUGCUACUCCCUAGUGGUUUUUAUUGGCAUCAUUGGGAAUUAUCUGCUCAUCUAUGUUAUCUGCAAGACAAAAAAAAUGCACAAUGUCACCAACUUUCUGGUAGGCAAUCUGGCUUUCUCAGACAUGCUCAUGUGUGCAACCUGUGUGCCCCUUACCCUCGCAUAUGCCUUUGAGCCAAGAGGAUGGGUGUAUGGGCGUUUCAUGUGUUACUUUGUUUUCCUGAUGCAACCUGUCACUGUGUUUGUCUCUGUCUUUACCUUGACUGUCAUAGCUGUGGAUAGGUAUUAUGCCAUGGUGUACCCUUUUCGAAGAAGGCUCACAGUCCCUAUUUGUGCUUAUAUCCUUGCUGCUAUUUGGCUGCUGAGUUGUACGUUGGCUGCCCCAGCCUUGGUCCACACUUACCAUGCAGAAUUCCCAGAACUGGACUUCUCCAUCUGCGAGGAGUUUUGGUUCCACAUGAAACGAGAUCGCUUAGCUUAUGCCUACAGCACUCUCAUUAUCACCUAUGUACUGCCUUUGGCUGUCAUCUCUCUGUCCUACCUGAGAAUCUCGGUCAAGCUGAAAAACCGAGUGGUCCCAGGCAACGUCACCCAAGGCCAAGCUGAGUGGGACCGAGCAAGGAGGAGAAAGACUUUUCGAUUGCUAGUCUUAGUGGUGGCAGCCUUUGGAGUCUGUUGGCUUCCUCUGCAUAUCUUCAAUGUGAUAAAGGACAUAGAUAUCAGCCUGAUUGACAAGCAAUACUUCAACUUUAUCCAGCUGCUAUGUCACUGGUUUGCAAUGAUGUCUGCUUGUACAAAUGCCUUCUUGUAUGCCUGGCUCCAUGACAGCUUCAGGGGGGAGCUGAAGAAAAUGUUUGCCUGGAAAAAGAAGAAAAUCGGACCCGCUACAAACUGCAUUAUGGCCAGUGUAAUGCUAUGAACAUGAGAACUGGUGGGAGCGCACUUCCUUCAUGUGGUAACACUGAAACAUAUGAAUGUGAGGACGAGAUGAUUUUAAUUCCUACACCUCUGUCAGGCACUGGAGACAUUGCUAUUAGUCCUUCAGCAGCUAGCAUGGAGACACAGACACAGGCAUUUCAGGAAGCUUGAUACUUUCCAGAAUAGCAAGGACAUUUCCUUUUCCUACUGAGUGCAGUUCCUUGGCUUCCAGAUAGCAUGAUAUAAACACAGCCUAUGGCUCACAGCAGCAGAAGGGUAAACUAUUUUAACUCUGUUGACUUUGACAGCCUGAUGACACACGUCAUGCAAAGGACCAUUGCUACGCAGAUCCUAUAUUCCCUGGUGCUGAGCAAGCUCAACUGGAGGAAGCUGGUGGUCUUCUGAGGCUGGACGCUUGUGUAAAGCAGCAUGAGAGGUUCUCAGCCAGCUUAGAUGUUGUCACUCUGUCUAAGGCUUCUCAGUCACAGGGAGUAGUGUUCAGUUACCCCAUCUCACCUGAUGCCCACAAGACAGGUGAACUCUCUAGUGAAAAUGUGACAGGGAAACAAAAUGGUAGCAGUGAAGAACUACAGGUUAUAAUCAGUCACAUCUGUAACCAAUUACGUAUGGAAUUGUGAAGGAGAGGCAAUGCACUGUAAUUAUAAAACUGACCUUGCAUAUAGAGUGAGUGUUGUCCCUCACUCGCAGUGUGUCAGUUCAAUUUAGGGUGUUUAUUGCCUUCUCCAUCCCUCCACUCACCCCCUCAUCCCUUUCCUCUCAUCCCUCAUCAAUACAGUGAACUUGAAUAGGGGCAAACCAAGCAUGCACGUGACACCACAAGCAUUAGCACAUGGUACAGAGAUAGAUGAGCUGUGGGGGAUGCACUUGUGACAGGGUCUUUUAUAAAAGUCAUUGAAAAAGGUAGGAGCCAAAACACAGGGUUGAACCCCAGGGCUGAAGUUCUGAGGCAAGUGUUCAGCAAACCCCCCUCUCAGCAAUGGCAUCUGUGGGAAGUGCAUGCUGCUCUGGAGGAACUGAGAUGAAAAUAAUCCAAAUGUCAUGUACAAGAGUUAUUCAUGAACUACAUUACCAAUUAGAAAUUAAUUUUUGUGUCACUACGUAUGAAAUAUUUCAAAACACAAAGAAAAACCUUCAGCAUUCAGCUUUGGAAUGUUUUUCCCUUAAUUAUGGGAUGUUUUAAAUUCAACACCUACCGUUAACAUGCAUAACUUAAACGAAUCUGCCAUAUGCUGUGUCUACUGCUUCAGACGGUUUCAAAUUUAUUUUUAAUAUUACUGACUUUGUUAAGAUUAAAAAAUUAUCAUUGUGAAUCACUUUUCCAUUGAAA